CCAUGAUCUUUUCCAACCUGAACGAUUCUAUGAAGGUUCUCGGUCUCUUCCUGCAAAGUUACACACACGUUGUACAUGCGCUGUUAUCUUCUUUCUCAGCUCUCCACCAGGAAGGAAGAAUGGGGAGAUGGGGCCAUGGCGGCUGUCAGCACAGGGCGCUGCAUGGCCACAGCACUGAGUGGGGCAGACACGGAGUGAGGGGUUACUCUGAAGGAAACGCCUUGACGAGCGCUGUUAUCAAUCGCCGAGGUUGGAAAAGACCCCUCAGAUCAUCCAGUCCAACAUCAGCCCAUCCCCACCGUGCCCGCUGACCACGUCCCUCAGCGCCACAUCCACACGGUUCCCGAACACCUCCAGGGACGGUGACUCCGUUGGUGACGUCUUCCCCAGGCGCGACUGGCGCUCAAGACAGUGGAAGCGCCGGCACGUCGUUGCGGCACCCAACCGCGCGUCCCCGCCGCCCCCAGCGCCCCUCAUCUUCCCGCGGGGCGCCUCCCCGCAGCCGGUCGACCGCUGGAGGCGGCGCCGCGGACGCGGGGCAGCGCGGCGCGUUCCCGCCCCCUGGCGGCGCCAUCGCGACCACGUGCCCGGCCGAAGAGCAAUCUCGCGCCGGUGCUUCCCGCGCGCCCGCCGCCAGCGCCGCAGGGCGGGGAGUCGGAAAGCGCGAAAAUCCCGCGCAUGCUCCCUCCGCCCACGGAGGGGCGGACGGUUGGCUUAGCCGCUCCGCGUGUGCCCGUGCAAGGCACGCUACACCCCGUGACGUCAGCGCGCAGCGUCACGCCGGUGGGACGCACAAAAGUAAAAUAGCAUCGUCGUCCCAGCGUCCCGCAGGCAGCAGGAUUGUAAGAGGAUUGCCUGCUAGGCUGGGGUAACAUGGCAAAAGAUGCUGGACUAAUUGAAGCCAAUGGAGAGCUUAAGGUGUUUAUAGACCAAAACCUAAGUCCUGGAAAAGGAGUUGUUUCUCUAUUGGCUGUUCAUCCCUCUACAGUAAAUACACUCGGAAAACAGCUCCUGCCAAAAACAUUUGGACGGUCUAAUGUCAACAUUGCACAACAAGUGGUUAUCGGUACACCUCAGAGACCUUCAGUGCCAAAUACUAUCCUGGUAGGAAGUCCACAUACACCUAACACACAUUUUGUAUCACAAAACCAGACUGCAGAUUCUUCGCCGUGGUCUGCUGGGAAGCGGAACAGAAAAGGAGAGAAGAGCGGCACGGGUUUACGUCAUUUCUCUAUGAAGGUUUGUGAGAAGGUACAAAGAAAAGGAACCACCUCAUACAAUGAGGUGGCAGACGAGUUGGUUGCAGAAUUCACUACCCCUGAUGAUCACAUUUCACCAAAUGAAUCACAGGCUUACGACCAGAAGAAUAUUAGACGACGUGUCUAUGAUGCCUUAAAUGUCCUCAUGGCCAUGAACAUUAUCUCUAAGGAGAAGAAGGAAAUCAAAUGGAUUGGUCUACCUACAAACUCGGCUCAGGAAUGUCAGAAUUUAGAGGUGGAGAAACAGAGAAGACUUGAAAGAAUAAAGCAAAAACAAUCACAACUACAAGAACUCAUUCUACAGCAAAUUGCCUUCAAGAACCUCGUUCAGCGAAAUCGUCAGGCAGAACAGCAGGCAAAUCGACCGCCACCUUCCAAUUCUGUCAUCCAUUUGCCAUUCAUCAUUGUGAACACCAGCAAGAAAACAGUGAUUGAUUGCAGUAUUUCAAAUGACAAGUUUGAGUAUCUAUUUAAUUUUGACAAUACUUUUGAAAUUCAUGAUGAUAUAGAAGUACUAAAACGAAUGGGAAUGGCCUGUGGGCUAGAAUCUGGAAGCUGUUCAGCAGAGGACCUAAAAAUUGCAAGGAGUUUGGUUCCCAAAGCUUUGGAACCAUAUGUGACAGAAAUGGCUCAGGGAUCAAUCAGCAGUGUAUAUGUCACAUCUUCGUCAGGUUCUGCAUCAAAUGGCACAAGAUUUUCAGCCAGUGACUUUUCCAAUGGUGGAGAUGGGAUGUUGGCUACGAGUUCCAAUGGAUCUCAGUACAGUGGCUCCAGAGUUGAAACACCAGUUUCUUACGUGGGGGAUGACGACGACGACGACGAUGAUUUUAAUGAAAACGAUGACGACGACUGAUGCCCUUUGCUUGUAGACUUGUUAAAAUUCAGCAAGCUUCAGGAAUAAAUUGUUCUAGGGAGAGAAGUCUCAAAUAACUUUGCCCCAUCCCUCAAGGAAAAUGUUGGUAAGCAGUUCUGAGUUUAGAAAUGCACCUCUGAUAAGCAAGCGAGGAUUGUUUUAUGUAGGAUAUUUUUAAAUGUGGUGUGGAUGUGUGUUUUUGAUACCAGUGUGUUAAUGCAGAGCCUUUAUUUACUCUUGGUUUAGGGGUUUUUGGUUUAUUGUUUUAUUUGGUUUUGUUUUUGUUUUUUUUUUUACUUGAAGGAAAAUGGAUUUUGCCCCCAAAUGUUCUUGCUAAGUUUGCUAAAGAAAAUGUAGACACAUCAUUGAGAAAUAAAAUGCUGUCCUUCUGUGGAAAAUGAAUACAC